UUUCCUUAUGUUUUUGAUUCUCUUGCAGAAGCUAAAACGAAAUCAGGAUUUAUUGCAGGCUCAAAAUUGAUUCUUCCGGAUGGGUUUGAGCAUGAGAGCAAUGAAAAAUGUGAAGAAAUCACAAUUCCUCACGUUCCACUUUCACCAGUACAUUAUGUAGACAUGGUUUCUAUCCAGGAACUAGACGAAAUUGGACAGUUGGUCUUCAAAGGCAUAAAAACUUUGAACCUCAUUCAGUCAAUUGUUUACCCAAUCGCCUACACAUCCAAUGAAAAUCUGUUGAUAUGUGCUCCAACUGGAGCUGGAAAAACUAAUAUUGCGAUGUUGUCAAUUUUAAGAGAAUUAGGAAUGCAUUUAGAUAACGGUAUUAUUAAGAAAAACGAUUUUAAGAUUGUCUACAUAGCUCCAAUGAAAGCUUUGGCUGCAGAAAUGGUAAGAAAUUUUGGGACCAGAUUGUCUGUAUUAGGGGUUCAAGUCAUGGAACUUACUGGAGAUAUACAGCUAACAAAAACUGAAAUCUCUGAAACACAGAUGAUCGUGACAACACCAGAAAAAUGGGAUGUUGUAACUCGCAAAAGUACUGGUGACGUUCUCUUAUCUCAAAUUGUUCGAUUGUUAAUCAUUGAUGAAGUGCACUUACUUCAUGAUGAUCGAGGAUCAGUCAUUGAAAGUAUUGUUGCGCGAACUCUUAGACAGGCCAUUGUCGAAAGUUCACAAACCAUGAUUCGCAUUGUAGGUUUGUCAGCUACCUUACCCAAUUAUUUAGAUGUUGCUCGAUUUCUUCGAGUAAAUCCUAAUUCUGGAUUGUUCUACUUUGAUACGAGGUUUCGACCUGUGCCGCUCUCUCAAACAUUUGUUGGCAUCAAAGCAUUGAACCACCUGAAGCAACUUCAUGAUUUUAACGAAAUUUGUUAUAAUAAAGUUUAUGAACAAGUAAAAAAAGAGCAUCAGGUCAUGGUAUUUGUUCACGCUCGCAACGAAACUUAUAGAACAGCCCAAACGUUACUUGAAUUUUGUAAAAUCAAAGGACACUCCGAGUUUUUUACUGCUAAACGAUCACCUAGGCUUAAUGAAGCUUCAAAACAGUUUAUUCGCAGCGGUAAUCAACAGAUGAAAGAAUUGUUCCCUGAAGGUUUUGCGAUACAUCAUGCUGGUAUGCUGAGAUCAGACAGAAAUUUAGUUGAAAAAUUUUUUGUCGAAGGUCUCAUUAAAGUAAUUGUUUGUACUGCUACUUUGGCUUGGGGGGUCAAUUUACCUGCACACGCCGUUGUGAUAAAGGGAACUCAAAUAUAUAACGCAAAGAAAGGCUCUUUUGUAGAUCUCGGAAUUUUAGAUGUAAUGCAAAUUUUUGGUCGAGCUGGUAGACCGCAGUAUGAUAUUUUUGGCCAUGGCACUAUCCUUACCACUCAUGAUAAAUUGGCUUAUUACUUGUCAUUACUAACUCAGCAAAAUCCCAUUGAAUCACAAUUUGUUAAUGGGUUGUCAGAUCAUCUCAAUGCCGAAAUUUCCUUGGGCAGCGUAACAACUGUAAAUGAGGGUGUUAGAUGGCUCAGCUACACAUACUUGUUUGUACGAAUGAAAAUAAACCCUCUUGCUUAUGGCAUUACAUUUACGGAGCUUCAAAAUGACCCAGGUUUAGUUAAACAUAGACAUGAACUUAUUGUUGCUAGUGCUCGAAUGUUAGACAAAGCUCACAUGAUUCGUUUUGAUGAGAAAUCAGGUUCACUUCACAGCACCGACCUUGGAAGAAUUGCUAGUCAUUUCUACAUUAAAUAUGACAGUGUUGAGGUGUUUAACGAGUUUCUACAUCCAACCAUUAUUGAUGACAAAAUUUAUGAAAUGAUAUCAAGAGCUCAUGAGUUUGAACAAAUUAAAGUAAGAGAUGAAGAAUUGGUAGAACUUAAUAGCCAUUUAACUGAUGCUUGUCAGGUUCCUGUAAUAGGUGGUACUGAAAACAGUUGGGGAAAGGUAAAUAUCCUUUUGCAAGCAUUCAUAUCACGACAGCCUCUUGAUAGUUUUUCUCUUGUUUCAGAUCAAGCGUACGUGGUUCAAAAUGCAACUCGUAUAGCUAGAGCACUAUUUGAGAUCGCCCUAAAAAAAGGGUGGUCUAUGGCAGCAGGUCGUCUUUUGAAGCUCAGUAAAGUUUUGGAAAAAAGGCUGUGGGACUGGCAGAACCCUAUUCGACAGUUUUCUUUUGUGCCGACUGAAAUAUUCAACAAACUAGAAGAAAAAGGACUAUCUAUAGACCGUUUACGUGAAAUGGACUCAAAAGAAAUAGGUCGACAUAUAAUUCGAAACAUCCGCAUGGGUCCUUCUUUGAAACAAUGUGCCCAUCGAAUACCCUUAUUAGAUGUUGAUUAUUUGAUACAACCCAUAACUAGAACUGUGUUAAAAAUUACCUUGUUGUUCACAGCUGCAUUUGAUUGGAAUGAUAAAAUUCACGGCAAAGUAGGAGAACCCUUCUGGGUUUGGAUUGAAGAUCCAGACAGCAAUAACAUAUAUCAUUAUGAUUUUAUAAUCAUAUACAAAAAAACUGUUGUUACAAAAACACCACAAACUUUGGUUUUUACAAUUCCAAUCAUUGAACCAUUGCCAAGUCAGUAUUACAUACGUUUAGUUUCCGAUAAAUGGCUAGGUUCAGAAACUACGCUACCUAUUUCUUUUCAACAUCUUAUAUUACCAGAAAGACAUCCGCCUCAUACGGAGCUUCUUGAUUUGCAACCACUUCCCAAAAAAGCUUUAAAAGAUCCAGUUUUAGAAUCUUUAUACAAAUUUAAUCAUUUCAACCCUAUUCAAACUCAAGUUUUUCACACUCUGUAUCACCAAGAUGUCAAUGUUCUUCUUGGAUCUCCGACAGGGUCUGGAAAGACUGUGGCAGCUGAGUUAGCAAUAUUUAGAGUUUUUAGAGAAUAUCCUAAAACUAAGGCAGUUUAUAUAGCUCCACUAAAGGCUUUGGUUCGCGAAAGAAUGGAGGAUUGGAAAAUACGAAUUGAACAAAAAUUGGGAAAAAGAGUUGUGGAGUUAACUGGCGAUGUUGUUCCUGAUAUGGGAGCAAUUUCAAAAGCAGACUUGAUUGUCACCACACCUGAAAAGUGGGAUGGUAUUAGUAGAAGCUGGCAAACUAGAAAAUAUGUUAAAUCAGUGUCUCUUCUAGUCAUAGACGAAAUACAUUUGUUGGGUGAUGAUAGGGGUCCUGUUUUGGAAGUUAUUGUUUCUCGAUCUAAUUUUAUAUCAUCUCAUACCGAUAUGAAGAUUCGGGUCGUUGGUUUAUCUACCGCAUUAGCUAAUGCUAAAGAUCUUGCCGAUUGGCUUUCUAUUAAACAGAUAGGCCUUUUUAAUUUUCGACCAUCUGUUCGACCUGUGCCUCUUGAAGUACAUAUAUCAGGGUAUCCUGGUAAACAUUAUUGUCCUCGAAUGGCUACAAUGAAUAAACCAAUAUUUCAAGCUAUUAUCACACAUUCCCCAACUAAACCUGUUUUGAUAUUCGUGUCAAGUAGAAGACAAACAAGGUUAACAGCUUUUGAUCUUAUUGCUUAUUUGGCUGCUGAAGAAAAUCCAAAACAGUGGCUGCACAUGUCUGAACCUGAGGCUAGUCGAGUAUUGAACGUUACAACCAGCAGUCUAAUGGAAUGUAAUUUAAAAUUGACGAUGGCAUUUGGUAUAGGGCUACACCAUGCUGGCAUUCAUGAAAAAGAUAGACAAAUUGUUGAACACUUGUUUGUUAGACGGAAAAUACAAGUUUUAAUAGCCACAAGUACUUUGGCAUGGGGUGUCAAUUUUCCUGCACAUCUCGUUAUCGUCAAGGGAACUGAAUAUUACGAUGGCAAAACGAAACGAUAUGUAGAUUUUCCAAUUACAGAUGUUUUACAGAUGAUGGGUCGGGCUGGCCGUCCACAAUUUGAUGAUCAAGGCAAAGCUGUCAUACUUGUCCAUGAUGUUAAAAAACAUUUUUACAAAAAAUUUCUUUAUGAACCAUUUCCCGUUGAAUCCAGCUUGUUAGAUGUAUUGACAGAUCAUUUGAAUGCUGAAAUAGUCGCUGAAUCAAUAUGUUCUAAACAAGAUGCGAUAGAUUAUAUUACUUGGACAUAUUUUUUUAGAAGACUUAUUAUAAACCCAAGUUAUUACAAUUUGGAAAGUGUUACUCCCGAGAAAAUAAAUAAAUAUUUGUCGGCGUUAGUUCAGAAAUCUCUAAACAGUUUAAUUUCUUCUCACUGCAUUGAUCUUGGAGAGGAUAAUUUUUCAGUAACAUCUUUAACGGCUGGUCGCAUAUCAUCCUACUAUUACUUACAACAUUCAACUAUCCGAGGUUUUUACAAUAGCUUGCAAAAAGAUUGUGAUGUUUUUCAACUCUUGAAGAUAUUUACAGAUGCUGAAGAAUUCAGCCAACUUCCAGUACGUCAUAACGAAGAUUAUAUUAACAAGGAACUGGCUUAUCAAUUGUCUGUCAGUGUUGAACAUAAUACGUUUGAUAAAUCAAAUACCAAAGCACUGUUGUUGUUCUGGGCAUAUUUUAGUAGAACACCUUUACCUUCUGCGGAUUAUCAUACUGAUUUAAAAUCUGUAAUGGACCAAGCUUUAAGGGUCCUACAGGCAAUGCUAGACAUGAGUGCUGAAUUAAAUUACUUGUCCACAAGUCUUAGAGUCAUUAAUCUCAUGCAGAUGGUUGUACAGGGACAAUGGGUAGAUGACUGCUCUUUGUUAUGUUUACCAUUUAUAAAUAAUGAAAACAAACAUCACUUCAGGAUCGAGCUAGCAAACAGUUUUAAAGGCUGUGUCGUGGUUGGUCUUGCAGAUUUGAUGUAUGUUGUUGAUGGCUGGCCCAAUUUGAUUCAAAAAAUGCUUAAACCUCAUUUCAACUCCACCCAAAUAGACCAAAUAUAUAAGACUGUUAAACAACUGCCUAUGAUGGAAAUUCGGUUCUCUAUGAAAAUGGCAAGUCAAGAGGAUGUUGAUGAUGCUAAAUUUAUUCCGCUUUUUCAUCAAAGUUUGUACAUGAAAAAGGAUUCGAAAUGGAAUGAAAUAAAAGCUGGAAUAGAAUAUAUUUUAACUAUUGUACUUCAUAGAAUGAACAAAGAGAAGAAAACCAGCUCUUACGCUUAUCCAACUAGAUUUCAAAAGCAGAAAGAAGAAUGCUGGAUAUUGCUUUUGGGAGACGUUGAAAAUAACAGUGUAUUAGCUUUAAAAAGAGUAGGCUUUGUGCAACUUGAAAAAUCAAUUCAAGUUUCUUUUGUGAGCCCUAAAAAAUCAGGACGUCACAUAUACACAUUAUAUAUAAUGAGUGAUUGUUACGUAGAACUGGACCAACAAUAUGAUAUAUUUUUUCAUGUUUUAUAA